CCUCAUUGCAUCGUCUGCUUUUUUGUAUCUGAUAAGGCCGUUUUUAUCUUUCCCCAAUCAGUGACAGAUUUAGUAAUGUUCAUAGUUCAAACAAAGAUAAAGUAGCUUAGUUUGAAGAUGGCUGCCCCUGUAUUAGUUGUGUUUUCUGUAGUAUGCAUCAUAACAAUUGCAUAUUAUUUAAUUGUUUUGCUGAAAAAUGUCAACAAUUUCUUGAAAAAAUCAUCUGUUCUAAAUCUUAUUCCUCAUGAGAAACCACACUGGUUGCUGGGACAUAUUCUCGAUUAUCCAGGACCCAACGAUGCUGGCUUGAAAUUUCAGCGUGAAAUGGUAGCAGUCUAUCCGUACAUCUCACUGUAUUGGCUUGGCUAUGUUCCACUUGUUAUGGUCAGUCAUCCAAGCACAGUGAAAGCUAUUCUAAAAACAUCAGAGCCAAAAGGAAAUGUUUAUAAUUUAAUCCGACCAUGGGUUGGAGACGGAUUGCUGGUUAGCAAGGGAGACAAGUGGGCAAGAAACCGUCGCCUUCUGACACCAGCUUUUCAUUUUGACAUUCUGAGACCAUACAUUAAUAUCAAGAACAAAGCUGCGGAUGUAUUUGUGAGUAAUAUGAAGAGGUUUGCUGACAGGAAUGAGUAUUUUGAAGUGUUCGCUGAAGUCAGUAUGUUCACACUGGAUGUCAUACUAAAGUGUGCUUUCUCCUAUGACAUUGACUGCCAAAAUCUUAAAGAAAAACAUCCGUAUGUUGUUGCUGUGACUGCACUUGCAGAUUUAUCAUUAGACAGAUUCUUCAAGCCAUGGUUUCAUUCAGAUUUCAUUUACUUCUUAACGCCUUCUGGUCGAGAGUUCAAGAAACACUGUAACUUCGUCCACAAAGUUGCAGAGGAAAUCAUUGAAAACCGACAGAAAGCUUUGGUGACUUCAAGUGUAGAGCAAGACAUAGUUAAAAGUAAGAGAUGUAUGGAUUUUCUGGACAUUCUUCUGACUGCUAAAGACGAAAAUGGAAUCGGUUUAUCCCAGAUGGAAAUAAGAGAUGAAGUGGACACUUUUCUUUUUGAAGGUCAUGACACCACAGCUAGCGCCAUCUCGUGGACAAUGUUCUCACUAGCUGAACAUCCUGAACACCAGGCGGCAGUGCAGAGAGAAGUUGAUGACCUCAUGGCGGGAAAGAAAACAGAAAAUAUUGAAAUGGAGGACCUGGUCAACCUGCCGUACCUGACGAUGUGUAUUAAAGAGAGCAUGCGACUACACACACCAGUCCCGUUUAUCCAGCGUGAACUCGCUCAGGAGAUGAUCAUUGAGGGACAGAAAAUACCCAGUGGAGUCGUCAUCAGUGUCCCAGUUUACAACGUCCAUCACAACCCGCUCAUUUGGGAUAACUCGACGGAAUUUCGACCAGACAGAUUUUCUCCUGAAAAUGUUGAGAAACGGGAUCCUUUUGCAUUUAUUCCAUUUUCUGCGGGAUCAAGAAACUGUAUUGGCCAAAACUUUGCUAUGCAUGAGAUUAAGUUGAUAUUGGCAAGGCUGUUCUACAAGUACACUCUGGAGCUGGAUCCAAACCACAAAGUAGAGAAGAAACAAGCUCUUGUGAUGCGCACCAUGACCGGCAUCAGGAUGAAACCAGUCCCCAGAGUUCCUGAUACUGCAGAGUAGUUCAGUCGGUUACAUAUAUCGCUAUGGCAUUGACCUCUAUGUGUUUUCACUAAAUUUGAUAGACCAGGUCAUAAACAGGGAACAUUUUGUUCGUAUCAUGUUGCAAUUUGCUACACAAGUUUCAGAGAUUGCUACACAAUUUUAAAACAUUAUACAGUAAUUGAUAUUUCAAUUUUCAGUUGACUAGAAAUAUCACUAAUCAAGAUUUUGAAAACAAAAUGUUAACUGAUAAGUUGCCAGUAAUGGUUAAAAUUCCAUGUUAUGUAUCUGUCAUGUGGAUUUAUUUUUACCCAACAUGACAAACUAUAUUUGACACAUUUUGUGAGAACAUUUUAAUGAAGUCUGUGUCUUCCCUUUUAUGACCAAAUUAGCAACAGAAUAAUGCCAAAAAAAAAUUUCUAAUUUUUAUUUUGUGAAAACUUCAGAAUAAUGUGAGAAAUGUACAUAUUAUUUGAAAUGAAUGAUUUGUCCGGUGAAAUAUAACUUGUUGGUUCCUUUAUUUUCGUAGACUUAAAAUUUCAUGGUUUUGAUUUAAAAACACACACUUUUUGUUAGGUACCUAAAUUCAUGGAUUGAAAAGGUAGAAUCAUACAUUUGCAUUAUAUGCAUACAUAUAUUUCCAUUGUGUCGUUAAAUUCAUUGUCCACAUAAAUCAUGCCACCAUGAACAAAAAUUAUUUUACAAUAAACACAGGAAAGGUGAAUAAUGACUACGGUACACAUUACCUCAACAUACACUAGUAACAUUUUAGGCGAGUGAUGAAUCGAUUGCCUUAUCAUCACAAACUAAUUGCAUGGCUCUUUCAGCAUGAUUUGUGGAAUUGAGUGACCUCAUGACAUCAUAGGGAACACUUCACUGAUGACAAAUUUUUCCAAAUCAUAGUAGAAAAGAGAAUAACUUGAGUUGUUGAAAUAUAUACGGCCACACUAUAUAUCCUUAUUGUUAAUCGUUAGGUGGGAAUAUGCUGUACAGUAAAGGAAUAAUGAUUGACGGCUUUGAGUAGAAACAUUUGACAUUUUACUGACUUCCCUCCCUCCCAUCCCAGGUACUUUUGUUUUUGGCAGUCUUUUUUUUAUAUUAUGAUAUUUAAUCUAGUGCAGACAGAUAUAGUUCCAGAAAAGCUCUAGUGCUUCUCGUUUUGAUUAGUAGCACAAUCAUUACUCGGACAUCAGACCUUCACAUGGAAAAUAUUUAGGGAAGUCAUUAAUUGCUUCACUAAUCUAGAUUAUUGGGAGCCAUUUAAAGGGACAUUCCUGAGUUUGCUGCACUUUUUAAGAUAUUAUCGACUAACAAAGACUUUUUAACGAUUGUAAUUACAUAUCAAAUAUAUUUUUCUGCAUAAAAUAUCAGUGGC